UGUACUCACGACCUCGGUUAAGAUUCUCCCAUAAAGACCUCCUGCUCGGUUAAUAAGAACUAAGUAUACCCUCUGUCUCGGGAAAAGAAGAUUUAAUUAAAGGACUGUUUUAGAAAGCAACAACUAGCCAUGAUUGUUUGCACCACUUCUUAUUCAGAGAGUUCAAAAUAAAUUCGUGUUUUCUAAAUUCCAGCGUCAGCAGCUUGUCAUCACAAACAGAUUCUAUUCCCAUGAGCACUGUUGAUCACCAGGAAUUAGAAUUUCAGUUCACAGAGACAAGUGGCGCUACCAGCAUAACCUACGAGAUCCCUAAUAGUGUUGGAGAUUACAUGCCGCUUCAUCCAUCAACAAGAAGCUGGGAGAUCAGUCGACAACAAGUCGAUAUCAUUAAAAAUAUCGGAAAAGGGGCUUUCCCCCAAGUUGCUAAGGCAACAGUCAAGAACAUCAAUGAUAACCAAGAGGUCAUAACAGUGGUUGUGAAAAUGUUGAAAGACAACGCACCUGAUUCCGACAGGGUGGACUUGCUGUCAGAACUUGAGGUGAUGAAAAACCUGAAGCCUCAUCCACACGUGAUCAAGUUGAUGGGAUGUGUUACUGAGUCGGGUGAGAAAAAUGCUUUUAAAAUAAUAUUACAGUUACAUUUAAAAUAAAUAAACAGGACUCGCCCACUGAAUAUUUAUCGUGUCUAGUUGUUGCUAGUUUUUAACUUCACAUAGCUGCUAUGUAAUUCCUCUAUUCGUUAACUUUAACAACGGGGAAG